CAAUAAUCCCGCAGAGUAAACAUGGAUUACGAAAGACUAAGUAAAGAUUCUUCAAGAGCCAGAUAACGCUACGAAAUAGAUGUCAUCAAAAGAAAAGUUGAUUACCUAUGUAUCUUGCUUCUUUUUGAGGUAAUUUGUCAGCGCCCGCCUUGAAUCUCUCCGAGUCGUCGUAGGUGAAGUCGACGGGCUUUCGGGGUUUACUGCUGGAGUUAAAAAGAGAGAGAUACUCUGGAUACGGCGCUAAGGUCGUCUAGGGUGGAAGCCAUGGGGCUGUUUGUCACUCGACGAUUAUCAAUCAAGGCGGAAAGGAGGUCGAAAUCCCAAUCUCAGAAGCAAGCUCACUGCACGCCGCAACCAAUAAUGAAGGUCGGUGUGUCUUCCUGCUACAAACGCCAUGAGCCAGCCAAAAUGUGUUGUAAUGCAAAAAAUAAAAAAUGCAAAAAUGAAAAAGAAGAAGAAAAACAGGAACCAAGAAAGUGAAAAAAAGAGGUUGCAAUUUUCGUCAAGGGCUUUCCAACACCCCCCAUUAUUGGAAAGAUAUUGAAGAAGAAAAAAGUGUGUGUGUUGGAAGGUUUGGAUAGAUAACUUAGAGAUUCUAGAUCCUGACCGGUCCGUGUCAAUCUGGUGGCGGGAAGAGCUUAUUUUCAGUCAAUGGCUUUGACAAGAAGGAUAUCAGCCUAUGAAGUGCUUUCUAUGAGUAAUCCUUUUCUUUUUCAUUUGCAAAUUUAUAGUUAUACUGAGAGGUACCGUAUAUAUAGUGGCAUGCAACGCAGAGAGUUUUAAACUAUCCUUUUGUUGCCCUUGUUAUAUAGAAACCUCUGUUCAAUGGCAAUGGAGAUUGCUUGGUCUGGGGAAGAGAGGGUGCUCUUCUUCUUCUUCUUCUUCUUCGUCGUCGAUCAAGAGAGAGAGAGAGAGAGAGGCCGCCGAGGUGGGAUGAUAUCAUUGACGCGAUGUUAGGCUUUGUGGACCAGGUGUCCGCCUCCCCCGCCAGGACGGGCAGGUCAUUAUUAUUAUUACGAGCCUGUUGUUGAACAGACGACCAAUGCAAGGUACGGUGGUUCCCGCGCUAUCCUCAAGCUUGUUGGUGCUGACGCUGCCUAUAUCGGUAUGCUCUGGUUUGAUUAUUAGACGUAGCAUCGUCGUUUCAGUGGCAGGUGCAACGUACUGUACAUAUAGAACCGCUCAAGAGAAGCGUAGUUUGACCGAAGAUGUCAAAUACGGGGUAUAUGAAUACCCAAUAAUGUGCUGCGGAGUACUCAUCAUCCAAGAUAAAUGUAUAUUUUUUGGUGGUAUUCAGGUUCAAUUUAAUUCGGACCACGGUAAACAAUCAAAAGUAUCUGUAGUUGAGUUUUGACAAAAUAAACGAAAGAAGAUUUCAAAACAGUAGAUACGUAUCCGGUUUUUCGAAGAAGGCAACUAACUCAAUGCAUAACUAUCUGAUAAAAAUCAGGUUUUUCUCCACUCGCUUGAUUGUUGUUCAUUUCUGUGAUAUGUAUGAUACAUGAGAGCGAGCAACAGGCGACUGGCUGGCAACUGCGGCAGCAUUGCUAUUACUACGCUGCGUACAGCGUAACUACUGAUUAUUGGAAAGUGAGGACACGGACGGUUGUUUCCCGAGGGAGCGUUGAGAGCGCAAUAAUAAUAAUAAUGACGAUGUUAGGAAUCGCUGAU